ACUGUCUCUUCAAUAAAGGUGAGAUGGGAGAAAUGAAACCAAUUACUUGGAUAGUUAUCUGCUUGCAGCUACUGUUCUUAGCAACUUCACUCGAGGCAGCAUCAUGCAUUACUACGACUACGACUCCCCCACCUACAACAACAACUUGCCCCAAGAACAGCGAAACGACGGCAAAACCAACUGAUGUAACUUCAGGGUCCAGCUCUGCUUCCAGCUCAGAUCCUUCGACCACUUCUCUGGCAUCAUCAACAACCGAUGAUCCUGACACCAGUGCCUCUAACACAAAUGCGCCAUCGAGUUCUACAAUAGGUCCCACCAACUCUAGUUCCGAGUCGAGCUCUUCUUCCAGCAUAGAUCCUUCCACUCCGCCUGCGGCAUCAUCAACAACCGAUAGCCCUGACACAACAGCCGGAAGCACAGAUGAUGCGACAGAUGAUGGAACAUCUUCAACACCUGACCCUUCAGCAACUGCUGAUGAAGAAUGCCAGAAGAACCCAAGUCCCGGGUAUUUACCUUAUCCAAAUGAUUGCCAUAAGUUUAUUCAGUGCGAUGGAGAACGUGGCUUCAUCAAGGAUUGUCCAUCUGGCUUAUUCUGGGAUGCUAAGCUAAUGACAUGCUCUACCGUUUGCGUAGGCUUGUAAUAAUAUUUGUUUGUUUAGAUGUAUACGUAUGUAUGUAAACGUAUAUAAAAUACAAAGGCAUAUACUUGUAUA